AUUUGUCUCAUUUCCUCCAUCGUUAAGCCCUUUCUUUAACCUAGUCGUCAUUCACUCUCCGUCAUCACUCUCUUGGGGAAGAUGAACACGAUAGCGAAGCGAGUUACGGGACUAGUGACUCGGUCGAGUCAGAGCCAGUUGCAGCAGGAGAGAGGGAUAAGGGUGAAGGUGUUCUCGGGGGAUCUAGACAAGGCCCUGACGAUACUGCAGAGGAAGAUGCAGUCGAGCGGGAUGGAGAGGCUGAUCAAAGCGCAGCAGACGCAUCACAUCAAGAACUCGGAGAAGAAGGUUCUUGCUAGGAAGAAUCUUGAACGCAAGAUCAAAUCCAUUGACUUUGCUCGCAAACUCCAGUCCAUCCUCAUCAAGAAAGUCAGAGGUUUAUGAGAGCUGAGCCGAAACGACGGUGUUGCUAUAACCAUUCAUCAUCUUUCUUUACAUUACAUUUUCAGGGAAUGGAUCUUGAUCAGUCCUAGUAUCUGUGAUAUAUAUCAACAGUUGUGAUCCAGAUUCUUUUAUUUUUCACUUUGAACUUUUUAAUGAAUGAAAUCAUUUUGGAAUUGUUAUAAUCUUGGAUAACUGUUAGUUGUUUAUUCUAUGAAUAAUCAACUUCAGAUUGAUGGAGUA